GCCGACAGCGUGAUUUCUCUCUCUUGCUGGCUGGCUGUUGCAGCUGUAGCGAUUUGCUGAAGGGGAUGGCUGCAUUCGGCCACCUCCCUGUGCAGCGGCUUGCAACCCUAUAGCUCCGUUCAACUCUUCCUCCCCCCCCCCCCCAAUAUACGCACUCGCUGCCCAUGGGUUCACCUCUUUCCUCCUGCAUGCUGCCUUAACUCCCAUGGGCAAGCUUGCUCUCCCCUUCUGCUCUGUCAGUGAUGUGGCUGUAUCGCGUGCCUGCGUGACGUCUCUGGCAACACGACUUCCAGGACUCGGAGGGAGCCGCGGCCGCCAGGAUGCUUUUCCCACCCUCUGCGCAGGAGAAUCCGUGUGGCCUCCCGGACGCCAACGACCUGUGCCUCGGACUGCAGUCGCUCAGCUUGCCAGGGUGGGACAGGCCGUGGAGCAGCCACGAUUCGGAUGCAGCGGCCCAGCCCAGCACGCAGUCUGUCCUUAACAUGCUUAGCAGCCCCCUGGGGAAGUCCCCGCUGGGUUUCUUGCCCCUGGACCCCAUCGGCUCUGAGCUGACCGACAGCCUGCCGACCCCAACUCUGAGGAACUCCCGUCUGGACAGCAGCCGUUCGCUUCUGUAUUCCCGCUCCAGCAGUCCCUCGGACUCCGACACCAGUGGGUUCAGCUCGGGUUCGGACCACCUUUCGGAUUUAAUUUCUAGUCUCCGUAUCUCUCCACCUCUGCCGUUCCUGCCAAUGAGUGGCAUGAGCAGGGAUUCCCUCAACGGAACAGGAUCCCACCUCAGCCAGAAUCAAACUGCUUUGGCGGCAGUCACUUCCAGCCCUGCCAGUGUGGCUAAGCAGUGGCCGGGAACAUCGACGUGGCCUUCUUGGAACUUGCCAGACUCUCCGGAAGACCCGUUCAGCAUCGAGAGGGAAGCUCGACUUCACAAGCAAGCUGCAGCUGUGAAUGAAGCAACCUGCACAUGGAGCGGGCAGCUUCCGCCCCGAAAUUACAAGAAUCCCAUCUAUUCGUGUAAGGUGUUUCUAGGAGGCGUCCCCUGGGAUAUCACAGAAGCGGGUCUGAUCAGCACCUUCCGUGUCUUCGGCUCGCUGAAGGUGGAGUGGCCUGGUAAGGAUAGCAAGCAUCCCCGCUGCCCUCCCAAAGGUAAUAUGCCUAAAGGCUAUGCCUACCUGGUGUUCGAGUCAGAAAAAUCUGUCCGGGCUCUGCUGCAAAACUGUUCCCGAGACGUGUUUAGCCCCACUGGUCUGAGUGAGUACUAUUUCAAGAUGUCCAGCCGCCGGAUGCGCUGUAAAGAGGUGCAGGUAAUCCCCUGGGUCCUGGCCGACAGCAAUUUCGAACGCAGCCCAACACAGCGGCUGGAUCCUGGCAAAACUGUCUUUGUGGGAGCCCUUCAUGGCAUGUUGAAUGCGGAGGCCUUAGCAGGGAUUCUCAACGACCUGUUCGGCGGGGUGGUAUAUGCAGGGAUUGACACGGACAAGCACAAGUAUCCGAUCGGAUCUGGGCGGGUCACCUUCAACAGUCAGCGCAGCUACCUGAAAGCAGUGAGCGCUGCGUUUGUGGAGAUCAAAACGACCAAGUUUACAAAAAAGGUUCAGAUUGAUCCGUACCUGGAAGAUGCCAUGUGUCAAGUGUGUAGAUCUCAGCCAGGGCCCUUCUUCUGCAGAGACCAGGUCUGCUUCAAGUAUUUCUGUCGCUCCUGCUGGCACUGGAAACAUUCCAUGGAGAUCUUGCAUCACCACCGCCCACUGAUGCGCAACCAGAAGAACAGAGACUCCAGCUAGAGCCGCGCCGUCGGAGGGCACCAAGAGCUGCUUGCUGUUGCAGGAGUGGGCAGGAAAGCUCUUCCAUUCACCUGUCGCAGGAAGAGAACCCAGGCAUGCUUGCUGGUGCCAGGCCCCAAGCUGGGGGGAAAAACCCGUCUGAAGGACUUAACGGGGGAAAUCUUGCCUUUUUCACGUUUGCACUUGCUGGUCUUUUUAUUUGUUCCUGCACUAAUGCACAGUGAAUUUUUUCUGUCGGGGGUUUGUUUGGGGUUUAUUUUUUCGAGAGGGGUCGGCCCCCUCUUAGGAUUCUGCAGUUCCCAGACUUGUGGCUCCGUAACUGCUGACAAGAAGCAGUUGCAAAGGGCCACGUGUUCAGAAGGUGUUUAAUGCAGAUUUGACUCUGUUUCUUAUGUAUCAAGGGCCCCUUUUUUACAUUCCUUGCAAUACUGGUGGUAAUAAUGCAGGUUCCAUUGGCUCUGUUAUUUUGCUGUUGCCAUACAGUGCCUUCCCAUUCAUUUAAACCCCCAUCUGAACGGAAUAAAAUGAAUGUUCAGCUGGUGUUUUUUACUGUAACAACAAGGAGACUUUGCUCUUCACUUAAAACCAAAAUCAUAUUUCAUAUUUUACGCUCCAGGAUUUUUACCAGUUCCUUUUUACACUCUCUUAAAAUGGUUUUUAAGUCGUUUGAAAAGAGAGAGAAAAAAACAAACUUUUUUUCUUUCCUGGCAGUUUUUAACAUCAUUGCAACUUGUGUCUGGGAGCUGUUAGUUUAAAAAAAAAAGAAAAAAAGAAGUAGUAGUUUCCCAGUUGUGAAUAUAAUCGUAAUAUUUGCAACCCAGAAGAAUCGGAUUUUUUUGGAUUUUGAAACUGGACCGGAUAAGCGAUCUCUGAGCUGCUGUAUAUAGUUGGUUGCACUUUACGUUGCACUUAAGUGGGGGAGGGGGGUUGAUAACAGGUUUUUAAUCACAAAGCCACAAGACUUCAAUUUUCUUUUUAUAACUGAGCUGUUAAAAGGGCUGCGCUUUGGUAGAGGUUCGUAGGAGCCCUUUCUUGUUCAGGGAGGGAGAGAAAAGUAACCUUUCUGAAGAAUUGUCCUGUGCAGCCCGGAGAAUGUGCCGGGAGUUGAAGUUUUGAUUUCGUUUUGUUUUUUUCCCCUUUAUUGGAAGCUGUGUGCCAAAGAACCAGUGUCAUAAUUUCUCCCUUCUUCCUGCUGAGCUGAUGUUUGCGUAUUGCCGGCUGCUCUUUGUGGGGUUUUGUGAAACAGUGUGUGAAGUCUCUACCUCAUUGUAGUACAGGCAGGCAAGACUGCACUCUCUCCUACAGAUGCGUGGAGUCAGCUGUGAUGUAGUUCUUGGCACAUAAUAAAACACGUUGCAGCAGACCAGA